ACCCAGUUGUAUUUACUUGCAGAUGGACAAACUGUAUGAUUGGCAGUGCUAGUGCGGAACCAGAUAAACCUCUUGAGGUGAUAUGUUACGGGAAAACUUGUGAAAAGGUAAAUAUACCAGAAAGUUUCCUGAGGUGGAGAGAACAUAUGAAAUAUGUGACGUUGUACUGAUGUUGAAUGUAUUUUAUUUGGGGCUGGUGUGCUGAGUGUAGGAUCUGGCGUGUGUGUGUGCCGCGUGUAAUAUGCAUGCAAUGUGUGCGGGAGCAGCGAUACAGCGUGUAAUAACCGACCCUUCGUGUUGAACUUUGCAAAGCGAAACCCCAGCAGCGUUUCGUUUGGCCGUCGUCGCAUUUCGUGAGGGGUUUUAGGUGGUGUAGUCAGUUGAUCCGAAGCUCUCAUUCCCGUCAUUUCGAUCUGUGCAGUUUAGGUGACGCCGCGCAUUAAAUUAAAAGCGUCUGGUAAAAGUUCUCUCCUAAAAAAUUAUUCUGUGCAUGAAAAGUGUUCUGCUUCAAGUUUCAUUAUUCGCUUUCUGCAAAGUUUUUUCAAGUUCGAGCAAAGGAAAUUAAGUGUUUUCCACAGUGGUGCCCCAAUCGGUUAAAUAUGAUUUGUGUUUUCGUGGAGCUUUAAUCAAAGAUCGCACAACUUGAGAGAAAAAAGACAUUUACAUGAAAGAAAAUUAGAGGCAGUUGAUUUUUGUUUCCAAGCGAACAAAAUCAGAAGCAGAAAUGGACGACGACCAACAGUUUUGUUUGCGGUGGAAUAACCAUCAGAGUACACUAAUCAGUGUAUUUGAUACUCUGUUGGAAAAUGGAACGUUAGUGGACUGUACUUUGGCAGCCGAAGGGAAAUUUCUUAAAGCGCAUAAAGUUGUGCUUUCGGCCUGUAGUCCAUAUUUUGCGACGCUUCUAUCGCAGCAAUAUGAUAAACAUCCAAUUUUCAUUCUGAAGGACGUGAAAUUCCAAGAGCUACGAGCAAUGAUGGAUUAUAUGUAUCGUGGAGAAGUGAAUAUCUCUCAAGAUCAGCUGGCUGCGCUAUUAAAAGCAGCCGAAUCCUUGCAGAUUAAAGGCCUAUCAGAUAGCCGUGGUGGGGCUAGCAGUGCAGUUAGUGGCUCUGCCGGCAUUUGUGCUAGCCAAAAAUCAGAUCAUAAAGCAUUGUCCGUACCUGUUACAUCCGGGCCAAUCAAAAGUAAUUCACCCAGCGGUGGUUAUACAAUAGAACAGAAGAGGCCGCGGCAUGCAGUUGGUGCAUCUUCGUCGAUAGAAUCACAGGCUGGCUCUAGAGAAGGUUCAUCAAGUCCAACGUCAAGGAAGAGGAAGCGAAUUCGACGAAGGAGCAUGGAUAACCUAACUAUUGAUAAUCACGAACAUUCAAAUUCUUCGUCACAAUCAAUGCAAAUUAAUUCAUCAGUAGCCCCAUCAAAUACCUCAACGGCGAUGGGAUCAGUACCCAGUAGUGUUGCUGUUUCUCAAGCAAUAGUUACACAACAGACAGGCGCGGUAGCGGGUACAUCUGGCAUUGUUACAGCGGGAACCAAUACAGGUUUGAAUGUUACCAAAAAGACUGAUAGUGUUUCAUCGAAUGCAAAACUAGAAGGCGCUGAACAGGAAGUAGAUAAUGAUAAUGGCGAUGAAGAAGAUGAGAGUGGUAAACUUGCCAAUAUGAGGAAAGAACAAAAUAAACGGAAACAACACACUUCGGAUGUAGAUCAGAAAGAUAGUGGGGGUGAAAUCUUAAUUGAGCCGAAGAGCGAAUAUGACGAUGGUAACGAUGAAACAGUGGAGGAUUUAACCUUAGAUGAUGAAGAACUUUUGGAAGAUUUGGAGCAGGCCGGACCUAGUCAUGGAGGUGGUGAAGGAUCUAGUCAAGGAUAUGCACAGUGGCAAGUUGAACGAUCACAGGACGAUGUAUUUAUGGCAACGCAAGAAUCAGCUGGACAACAACGGGAUCCACAAGGAGAAGGACUUCAUAAAAGGCCAAAAUCUCCUCCAUCAAGCCCUGAUGAUCAACCCUGUGAUUUACGUUUAAUAACUACAGCUACUAUUAAGGAAUUGGUUGCGGCAGCAACAUCUACGACUUCGGCGCCAACAUUACCUCUCACUUUACCUCCACCAUUACCUGCUUUGGCGGCAACCGCGGGAACGAGUUCAAUAACGGUCGCCUCGACCACAGCAGCAACUGCGGUUGCUGUAGGUCAGACAGCUGGCAUUGGAACUAACUAUGCAAAUUUGGUAGCUGCAGUAGCUGCAGCAGCAACAUCACCCAUCUCCAAAUUAUCGGCUUGCCUAACAACCACAUCAGUCCCACAAACGCAGCAGCAAUUGUCAACGUCAAAGGGAAGUGGAGCCAGUGCGACUGCAUCAGGCUCACAUCAGUCUCCAUUACAUGCGGUGAAGUUUUGUUCUCCGAUUGGUAUAGAAAGUAUGCAACAGGCGAUUGGCGUUAAUUUACCGCCCAGCGGGGGCCUACCUUCUGUAGUUUCCACAGCUUCUUUAACUAGUCCAUUGUUAAGCGUACCAAUGAAUAGUGGUAGUACUAGUGCCAGUAAUUUACCGGGUGCAGGUAAUUCGAGUAGCGCGAGCGGAACUGGAGGUUGGGGUGCAUUCACCUGUCCGCGGUGCGGUAAUUCAUAUGCGAGACCGCAUAGUUUGAAUAGACAUAUUAGAUUUGAAUGUGGCGUUGAGCCGAAAUUUGAAUGUCCUAUUUGUCAUAAAAAAUCAAAGCAUAAACAUAAUUUAGUUUUGCAUAUGCGCACACACCAGAAUCGAUGAUAAGCUUUCAGGGUUUGGUUACCUUUCCUGUUUACGAGUGUAGUUGCUUAAGUUUUCGGUAUUGCAGAAUAAAUUGAGAUCAAUUUCCGAUCGCGUCCUAUUCUAAUACGUAACAACGAAUUGUGUGUUGAAUUGUCCAACCUUAGGUUGAAUUCAAGCCACACUCAAUGUUCGCCCAAUCGGAAUUUUCCUUGCAAAACCAUAAUUGACGCAACACAUAUAAUUCAUUUUAGAAUACAACCCUAAUUCGGAUAAUGUUAGAUAAUUUCACUGUUGAGUAGUAAUAUGCAAUAUUACAAUAAUAAAAUCCAAAUUUAAGUCUGCCCUUCAAAAGUUUAGAGAAGAGAAAUCCUUUGCUUUUUUUGUAUCGAGGCAUUUAUUGAUGGGGCAUCAUUUAGUCAAAGUAAUUAGUUUCCAAAAUAAAGAGAACGUAAAAUUUUCCGUAUAAAUUCGCAAAUGAAAACUUUUCUUAACAGCAAUAUUAUCAGGUUUUUAUUAGUUUGUUAGAAGGUGAUCACUUCAUCAAUGUCAAAUGAACAUCAAACACGCAUCUCAGAAAAAGUAAACUGUUUGUUGAUGAUGAUUAUAUUAUGAAUAGUUCACGAAGAUUUUGACGCUCCGUGAAAGUAAAUUGAAUUGGAUAUAUAAGGCCCACUGUAUAUAGCUCUUAAAGCUUUGGAAAGAGGUAUAUCGAUAAACUUUUGCAACAACUCGUAAACUUUUUGAUGGGGAUUUCUAUUUAAAGAUCGAAAUUAAAUAGAUAAAGCAAUUCAGUUGAGACCAAAAACCAGAGAAAAAUGGUACCCAAAUUCAUAAACAUUUAUAAUAUUAGGGGGAAGACAUUUGAAGAAAUUUUAGAUAAAAUUUGUAGAAUCCAAAAAAGCAAACAUUUAACCCCUUAGAAGUUUAUUGCGAUGCUUGCAAUUCAAAUUUUGCCUCCAUACUAAGUGCUUACUUGUAUAUUGUGACAUUAUUUGACAUUUUUCAUUUCAUUUUUUUUGCAUACUGCAAUCUACUGCUCUACUGCGACUGCGGUUAAAAAAGGAAAGAAUGAGCAGCAUUCUAGCCUAAAUGCCCAAAUUCUUUAAUUUGGUAGAAAAUGUGCAUUAUUCUAUAGUUUAGUUGGCAUAAUUCAACCAACUUUAUUGAUUGUAAAAUGUUUAAUAUUUAACAAAAUGAAUACAUAAAAACGAUAUUUAAAAAGAUAAAUACAUAGAAACGUAUAUAGUCAGCAAGAAUGAAACAAUAAAAUAAUUGGAAUGUGAUAUAAAACAUAGUCUCCAUUUUAAUCUUAUUUUAAAUUCUUAAAUUAUCUAUUUUACUUUAUUGUUUUUAUUAACUCAAUUAAGUUAUUUUUUGGAAAUUUUUACAUUUCAAUUUUAAUCAUUCUAAAAUAUGAUUUGUGUAUUGUAUGAUGUCUGAAAAAUAGUUCUUAUUGCUAUCUUUUUUUAUUUCAAAACGAUGAGAUAUAUUCUUUGCGAAGUUUGAAAAUAUGUGCACAUAAUCAAAGCUUUAAAGUCAUUUCUCAUGAGAAAAUAUUUUUAUUAGGAGAUCAAUGAAUGAUAUAAGGCAUAGGCCAAAAAUCCUUUAAAAUACAUUCUUUAGAUUAUGGUAGAUGUGGGUGAACUAUUUUAUUGCAACUUUUUCAAAACAUUCUCUCAUUGUGAUGUAGAAACUUUCUUUUUCUUUGUGCUGUGAGUGAUAGAAACCAAUAAUUGCGAAAUUUUUCUGAUUUAUAUGUUUUAUUGAACUGCUACAGUGAAAAUAUAUAUAAUGAUUGUGAUAUUUUUUAAUGAAUAUUAACUAUUAAAAAAUUAUUUUUGGCCUGAGGUAAAGUGUCUUUCUUGCGUAUAGUUAGCAAUUUAAAAUUAUAGAAGUUAAUUAUGUGUGGGCACGUAUUUCAGACAAUAAGAAUGAGUUAUUGUGAAAGUAGCAUUCAUUUAUUAACAUCAUUAUGAAAACAAUUUUUACCGAUGGGCUAUAGCGGUAAGAAAAUACUUUACAUUUGAAAGUUAACAUGAAACGAAGAAUGCGCCCAAGUAAUAAAAAGUAAAUGUAGAAACAAGGAUUUUGCGCAACAUGUGACUAUCCCUUUUAAAAUAAAAUAUCAAAAUGUGGAAAAAUUUGGAGUUAACGUAUGUAGUUAUUGUUUGAACGCACGAAGUAAAUUAAAAUUUUCUUUUUACUUUUAAAAAACCAAAAAUGGUGUCUGAAAAAUGAUUUCGUAUCAAGUAGCAAAGUUAAUGAAAUGUAACCAUGGAGCUGUGAAAGAAAAAUUGAUGUGAUUAUUUGUGAUUGUUAUUAUUAUUAACAAUAAUAAUUUGAAUUAUUCUACCUUAAUAAUAUUAUUAUAAUUUACAUGAAAUUGAAAUUAUGUAAUAUCUCUUUUACAUGCUGUAAAAUAUAAUUAAGCUCUUCUCUUCAAAUUAAGCAUUCAGAAAUAAAGUGGAAUUACAAAGAGUAAUGUUUAUUGAAAAACAAAGUGAAUGUGAAAACUCACAUAAUUACAAAAAUGUUUUGUGCAUAUAGCACGUUCGUUAUAUUAUAUUUGCGACGAGAAAGAAACUUAAUACCAUGAGGGGGAAUCAGUGUACUGCUUAAGCGCAAAUUUACAUUUGGCGGUCGUUAGAAAUUGUGCCAUGCCAUUUGUAAAUAUGUAAAAAUCUUUUAAGUUAAAAUCGCCGAAUUUGUUCGAGAAGCCUAAGGCAGAUGAUUCUAUUUGUAAAACAAUUACCUCGUCAAUAUUCUUUUUAAGUGAAAAAUAUAAGUAAACCUUUUCAGCUACAAGAUACCCAUGCCAAAGCUAAGGAUUCAUUGUUAAUAUAAACAUUUUCCUAAAUGUAUGUAUAAUUAGGUAGAAAAUUCAAAAUACUUUGAAAUGAAUGAAUCUAAAGUAAGUAGAAAGUAUGAAAGGUGAACAAGGGCGGUAGCCCCCUUAAAAAGUUUUAAUUUUUGUCGCAAAAUGAAUAUAUUUAAUGGCGGUUUUUC